UCUCUCUCUCUCUCUCUCCCCCCAUUAUACCUCCUCAGCUUUCUUUCUUUCCUUUUUUUCCUCUUCAAAUUUACCCUUUUCAUUCCUUCAUUUGCUUUUUGUAGAAACCAACAAACAGAAAUGUUUACAGAAGGUUUGGACGAGUCUGCAAUUAACUGGAUCAAACAGGGGACUGAAGUAAAACAAUCAUGUAAUGCAAGAUCGCCAUUAUCUGAAAAAUUUGAUGAUAGAUACUUAAUUCCCAGAUCUCCGUUAGCCACUUACACCCCAAAUUCACAUAUAUUACCACCCUUGAAAUUUCACUCGGGUCUUCUAAAACCCCAUAACACAGUGAAAACACUUAGUAUAGACAGCAAUGAAGAUGAUUAUGAUUACGACUUUGAUGGUGAUGAGAGUGAGAGUGUGGCUUCAGCUUCAGAUGAACUCGACGGCCACUACUCUGAACAAGAAACAUUGAGUACAAACGGAUGUGAAGUUAAAGGAGUUGGAUUAAGCAAUCGACAUGGCUCCACACUUAAUAGAGGAAUUUUACAAGAGAAUCUUAGAAUUGAAGUACCAGAAAAUGGAAUUAGGAGAUUUAAUGAGCAGGAGUUUAUGGGAAGCGAACACAAAGCUACACCUUUGAGUAGUGUUCCUAGCUAUCUGCGUGAUAAAGUUCAACCACAUAGUGCCUACGCAACACCUGUUGGUAGGCUAAAUGACUUAGGAACCCCAAGUGCACCACCCAUAUUGGAUAUUGGAGCAGAUGAAGAGAACUCUGAACAAGAAAGUGGAAGUGGAUUGAGCACUUCUGGAGGGUUUUCUGGAACUGAGCACAAUAAUAAGAAACAUAUUCAAGAAACCCCAGAAGAGGCCUGGUAUACAACUCAGGACAGCAAUAAGAAAAAUAUUCCAGAAGAGGCUUGUCAUAGAAGUGAACAAAUUCUUUCAGAGACUGAAAGCCGAGGGGAAGAUAAAACAACUUUUGUGGAAACAAACACUGUGCUCUCUUUCAAGCAAGGAAAUUCUGUGGGAUUUCCAAGCCGUUAUGAUACCAGUCAAAAUGGAUGGCAAGUUCUCUUGGCUUAUGAUGCCUGCAUUCGUCUAUGCCUAAAUGCUUGGGCAAGAGGAUGUGUUGAAGCACCGGAAUUUUUACGCGAUGAAUGCCAGCUGCUUCGAAGUGCUUUCUGCUUGCAGAAACUGUUGCUGCAACCUCGAGGCAUGCAGACAACAGAAAGGAUCAAUAAUGGACAAACAUUGCCCUUGAAAGUGAGAAAACUAGUGGGGAAGGUUCGUGUGGAAGUAAGAAAGUUAAGAAUCAUACCAAAGAGGAAACUUAAGAGCACAAACUCAAUGCGAGGUGCAAUUAGCAUGCAGGCAGGAGCAGAAUAUGUCCGACAUGUUUCUUCACUGGUGAAAAAUGGAAUCAAUUCUCUUAAAAUUCAUUCAUUUCUGCUGACAUCCGAAGAAUCCUUGAGAUGCUUAGUUCUCCUGAAGAGUUCAAUGGAAGAUACUAAAUUUGAACCAAAUUCUGCUGUUAUGCUGCAGCCUGGAAGUGGUGAUCACCAUGACUUUUUCCCAGAGAACCAAGGAGAUGCUCUUUUGCUUGAAGUACAGGAUAUGAAGAGAAGUACUUUGGGUCGAACUUCAAUACCGAUCUCAGCCGUGACUGACAGUAAUAAUGAUAAGAUUCGCUGGUGGCCCAUUUAUCAUGAUGAUAAUGAAUGUGUUGGGAAGGUCCAGCUAUCAAUCAAUUGUACAUUGACAACUGAUGAGACAACACAAGUCAAGAGUGGACCUAUUGCGGAGACUCUUGCAUAUGAUCUGUUACUGGAGGCUUCCAUGCGUGCUCAACAAUUCAGUACACGAAGUUUAAGGUCUGAGGGACCUUGGAACUGGUUACUGACAGAAUUUUCUGAGUACUAUGGGGUCUCAGAUACCUAUACUAAAUUAAGGUACCUUUCAUAUGUCAUGGAUGUUGCCACUCCAACGAAAGAUUGUUUGGAGCUCAUUCAUGAGUUGCUUGUGCCAGUGAUGAAGGCAAGGAGCGACAAAAGUUUAACAAGACAAGAGAAAAGUUUGCUUCUGGAUUGCGAAACAGAAGUUGGAAGUCUCUUGGCCACUGUGUUUGAAAACUACAAGUCCUUGGAUGAAAACUGUUCCACAGGUUUAGCAGACAUUUCGGCUCCUGUAGCAGAAACUGCAGCACCAGCACUUGCUCCUGCCGUUCAAGUUUACACUCUUCUCCAUGACAUACUUGCUCAAGAUGCUCAGAUGACACUUAGAAACUAUAUACAGAUAGCAGCAGCAAAGAGGUGCCGAAAACACAUGGUUGAAACUGAUGAAUUCUUGUCAACAAACUUAGACGGCUUUGUCAUGGAUUCAGUAACAAUAACUACUGCUUAUUCGAAAAUGAAGAACCUUUGCUCCCGCAUAUCAAAUGAAAUCCAGGCAGAUAUUAAGAUCCACAAUCAACAUAUACUUCCAAGUUCAAUUGACCUUACAAGCAUCACGGCUUCAGUUUACAGCACUGAACUGUGUAAGAGGCUCAAGAACUUUCUCGCUGCAUGGCCUCCAUCAAGUCCUUCUCUACAUGUGAAUGAACUUUUGAUUGCAGCAGCUGAUUUUGAGAGGAAUCUAGACUCAUGGAACAUUAGUCGAGUGCAAGGUGGUGUAGACUCGAGGGGUCUCUUUCAUAGUUAUAUAAUGGUAUGGAUAGAGGAUAUGCAACUUCACUUACUUGAGCUUUGCAAGGCAGAAAAGGUGUUAUGGUCUGGUGUUAUUACGAACUAUUCUACUUCUCCUUUUGCUGAAGAAAUGUUUGAGAAAACCAAACAAAUGUUAACUGAGUAUGAAGUAGUAAUCAACCGUUGGCCUCAGUACACCGUCAUUUUGGAGAAUGCUGUUGCUAAUGUAGAAAGAGCAAUUAUAAAAGCCAUAGAGAAACAGUACAAUGAUAUCUUGACCCCACUGAAGGAUAGCAUUCCAAAGAAGCUCGGCAUGCAAGUUCAGAAAUUAGCAAGAAGGCAAUCAACUACUCUCUAUAGCAUUCCUAAUCAGUUGGGCACUUUCUUGAACACAAUCAAGAGAAUUCUAGACGUUCUACACUGUCAACUAGAAGACAUAUUGAAGUCAUGGGCAUCCUAUCUACCAGCGAAUGGAGAGAAGAAGUCCACUUUCGGGGAGCAACUGAAUGGAGUUACGGUAUUGCUGAGGACUAAAUACAAAAACUACAUGCAAGCAAUAAUAAUCAAGCUUGCUACUAAUAUGCAAGCAAAUCGUUGCACACGUUUGCAAAGGAUUUUGGAGGAAACGAAGGAAGCAGAUGGGGAGGCUGAAAUCCGUGAAAGAAUGCAAUUGUUGAAUUCACAACUCUCAGAUUCCAUAAGCAACUUGAAAGAAGUUUUUACGAGUGGAAUAUUUGUUGCAAUCUGCCGUGGAUUUUGGGACAAAAUGGGACAGAUCAUACUGAAAUUUUUAGAAGGAAGAAAAGAGAACCGAGUGUGGUAUAGUGGUUCUUACCAUGCUCUUGGGAUUCUGGAUGAUAUAUUUGCUUCCCAAAUGCAAAGAUUGCAAGGAAAUGCUCUACAAGAGAAGGAUAUUGAGCCCCCUCGUUCAAUUGUUGAAGCUCGAGCUAUACUCUGUAGAGACACCAGUAACUGUCCAGAUUCCUCCAACUACUUGUAUUUCUAGGAAUACAACUGAUUUGGUCUCGUAUACUUGUGUUUGUGCUCUACUAUUUCUUCCUGUUCAUAUAUUCUUUUGUAUGUAAAACAUCCAAUUCUUUGUAAGUUGUCAAUCAAUAAAAUAAAGCCAUCCUCGA